CCAGCCGAUACCAGAGCUUCCUUUACAAACAUAUCUUCUGAUCCAGUGGCCUCCAACGUCAACCAUGCUCACAGCAAUGUCAUCAAUAGCAGCUCCCCUUCGUUGAAUUUCUUACCCAAAGCCUCUCCUUUACUAGCCUCAACUCCAACAACUGUCUCCAAGGCCUUGAUAAGAGCUUAUCCCUACUUGGUUCUAACCGAUAAAUUGCUAAGUAUAUUAACUUGGACCAACGACAAUUACUUCAUAAACUUAUCAAUUCUUUUCUCUAUAAUAUCUUUAGUUCUAUAUUUUGAAUUUAUAAUAACCUACUUUGGUCAUAUCUUGGCUGUCCUAUUAUUAUUUCUUUAUUUCUAUAUCAUCCAGCAAAUCAACAUCAAUAAUUUAUCCUCGAAUAAUCUUAACUCAAAUCCCAAUAAUAUUGUAAAUCUAUUAACAAGCGUCUCCAUUAAAUCAGAAAUCCUAUUGUCCCCAAUAACUUCUCUCAAGCUAUCAACUUAUGAUUUAAAAAGAUUAUUAUUCACAACGGUUUUCUUAUCUCCAAUUUACAUUAUCGUAUCUUUUUUUUUCAUCAAGCCAAAGGUUCUUAUAUUACUCUUAUUAACUCAUCUUUUGACUUAUCAUUCAAUCCAAUACAAAAUAAUUCGAAGAAUUCUUUGGAAAUCUAAAACUUUUAAAUUAAUCUCCUUCUAUUUAACCGGCUUGAAUUUCAAUAAAAUUUCCUCAAACUCAAGACUAAACAAUUUCCUAAAACUUAAUAAUAAUAACAAUACAGGUAUAAGCAAUAACUCCACCAACUCCGGAAAUAGAUCCUUCUUCUCCUCAAAUGAUCAAUCCGCUAUCGAUGACCCCUUUGCUAAGUCUUCAAUUGAUAACUAUGGCAAACCCAUUCGUUUCACGUAUGUCCUAUAUGAAAAUCAAAGAAGGUGGUUAGGUAUUGGCUGGACUUCUAACUUACUAAGUUAUGAAAGAGCACCAUGGACAGACGAAUUCCUAAAUGAAUCUCUUCCACCAGACGAUUUCAAAUUACCUGAAACCCUAUCGAAUAAUGAUAACCUCAAUAAUAUGAUCUGGAAAUGGGUCGACAAAAAUUGGAAACUAGAUCUAACUAACGAUGGCGCUUUAACUAUUCCAAAGGGUCAUAAAUCGAAAUUGGUCGUGGAUCCACGAAAUGAUGAUGGCUAUAUCUUUUAUGAUAAUACCUGGAAAAAGCCCAGUAGCGAAGACUCCUAUUCAAAAUAUACGAGAAGAAGAAGAUGGGUAAGAACUGCUGAAUUAAUU